UCCGGUUCCGUGCUUGUUUCCCCGGUCGACGGCAGGGGGCAGAGCGAACGAGAGCAUGCCUUUUCUACACGGCUUUCGCAGGAUCGUGUACGAGUACCAGCCUUUGGUGGACGCGGUGCUGUGCGUUGUGGGGCUAGAGGAGGCCACAGACACUCAUGAUAGAAACAGUACCACAGAGAGUGAAGGAGCGAUAUGCCAGUCGCUGGCGGAACUGCUGGAGAAGGAGUCCCAGUCGCCGGUGUUCGAGGAGGGAAUAAGCUACGCCCUGUUCAAAGUCGCCGAGCGGGGAUUGGUCAGAGCGGCCGAGGUUCUUCUGCGCUACGGGGCAGACCUGAAUUUUGAGGACCCCGUGUCCUACUACAACCCUCUCCACAUCGCCGUGCUGCGGAACCGCCCCAGGAUGGUGCAGUGCCUGGUGCGUCAGGGGGCCGACAUCGACAAGCGAGACCGGAUCCACGAGAGCAGCCCGUUAGACCUGGCCAGCGAGGAGGCGGAGAGGCUGCCCUGCCUGCAGGUGCUGCUCGAUCUGGGGGCCGACGUCAACGCCCGGGACAAGAACGGAAAGACAGCAUUGCUUCAUGCUUUGGCCAGCAGUGACGGGCUCACUGUCCACAACACUGACAACAUUCAGCUUCUGCUGGAGAAAGGUGCCGAUGUUAACGCCGCCACCCAGGAGGGCGAGACGGCCGUGUCCUCGCUGGUGUUCCUGGUGAGGGAGGCGCUGGAGGGCAGCGCGGAGGACGCCAGCGAGAUCGGCCGCUUCUGCCUGGGCACGACGAGGCUGCUGCUGGCCCAUGGCGCCGAUCCCAGCUGCUGUCUGUCUGCCGGCGGCGGCGGGGGGGCCGGCGAGGAGGACGGCGAGCCCUCCCUGACGCAGACCUGCCUGGAGUACUUCGACCUGCUCUUCCCCCUGGCCGUGCUGCUGCUGCAGAGCGGCUGCGCCUUCCUCUGCUCCCGCCACGGCGCCCCCUGCUGGACGGGGCAGGGACUGAUCUUCCAGCGGCUGUCCUCCGCCCUCCGGGAGACCCCCGACGCGGCAGCCCGGAGCGAGAGCCUGGCCAAGGCGGAGUUCCUCCUGGAGCUGGCCCGGGUGUCCUCCCCCUCUCUCCCGCUGGCCCACAGGCUAGAGCUCCCCCUGCUGGACGAACACCCGCAUGCGCAGGUGCUACUGGACCUGCACCGGCGGGUCCGGGAGCAGGAGGCCAGCCCGGCCCCCCUGCGCUGCCUCUGCCGGGCCUUCAUACGCCGCCGCCUGCAGCCCUGGCCCCUGGAGAGCAAGGUGAAGGCCCUCCCCCUGCCAGACAGAAUGAAGGAGUACCUGCUCCCCGAACUCACAUACAGCCCCAGGCCAGGCCAGGACUGCUUCAAACCACACCGCACCCUGCGCUGAGAGACCUUCACCAGCAGGGGGCGAUGUUGGGCAGAUUGACUGUUGCAGGAAGUGGGCCAGUGUGAGGCUUCAGCCCUCCUCACCAGUGAAGUGUAUAGUGCAUUGGUUCCAUUGCCAGAGUGGCAGUCAGUCAGUGACACUGAAAAACAUCUCUGCUUUUAGCCUCUGAGGCCUUCCAAGGGUAACACUGCGUUGCUAAAAUGCAUAUCGAUGUGGACUGUGCCAAUUCAGCUUAAGGUUUACGCAUACUUUUAAGGUGAAGUGUGUCUGACCUUACUGACUAUGUGAUGUGGAUUACUGAUGUUCUGAAAUGUGUGAUCUUCCAGCAUUUAUGGUGUAGGGGUAGCCCUGCUGAAAAUGGCAAUCCCUUAAACUGCACAAGCUAAGAAUUAAAGGUGAAAAAUAAACAGAUUGUUUGUCAAGAUAAUCUAUUCUGAAAAGAGUGGUAAAUAACUGUGUUAUGCAUAUGUACAUUUCAUCAUAAUAAACCUGACAGAG